AUGUGCACCGUUGGCGUGCUGAAUAUGCCCCUUUCAUUAUCUCCGAAUACGGCUUGGCGUGAGCGUCGCGCUUUUGCUUAUUAUUUUCAAUAUGCUGCUGCGUCUGUUGGGGGUGGGCUGGAUCUGGACUUUUGGCGCACAAUCGUACCUCAGGUUUGUCGGAGUGAGCCUGCGGUGUGGGAUGCUAUGAUCUGUAUUAGCGCUCUAAUCGAAAGUCCUGACCCUUGUACUGAUCUUGAUCCAUUGCGCUUUGUUUCGCGCAAGCUUGAUCAGAAUCAACAAGAUGCAUUGGACUGGUAUGCGCGCUCUGUGUCUGCUGUGCGGCAGGGAAUUUCCCGUGGUAGCGUUGACGCCUUUGUGGGGCUGAUCACCUGCAUCUUGUUCAUAUGUAUCGAAUCCCUCUUUGGAACUAUAGAGGAAGUCAUGCGACUAUAUGCUCAAGGUGUGCAGCUCAUUCUCACAUUGCGCGCUCAAAAGGCCUUUAGCAGAUUAAGUUUGCUGAAGGAGACGAUUAUUCCGAUCUUUGCCCGGUUAGGAGUAUUCUCUCCUAGCGCCAAUUGGGAUGUUGCCAUGCCUUUAUUAAAGGAACUCGAAGCAUAUGCAUCGGUUUCUACGCAUGAAUUUUCGUCCCUUAAGUUCGCCCGGGAGGCUAUCGUUGUGCUCGCCGCAGAGAUUCCCCUCUUGGAGUCAGACUGCGAAAAGUAUCUACAAACCUCAGGCGCCUGGUACAUAUCAGACGAACUGGUGGAGCGGCAAACUAUUCUCGUCGCUCGCCUCGAGAGUUGGCAUAUUGCCUUUACGAACCUGAUGAAAUCUCUACGUGCCUCGAAAGCUGGGCUACCUGUGUCACAACUCAGUGCCAGCGCUCUUCUCAUGACAUACUAUGAAAUGUUAUCCGUUAUUCUCGCAGUCUGCGUAUCGCCAAUGCGAGUUAGUACGGACGCUUUCACACUCAAUUUUCAAACGAUUGUCGAACAAUCUUCUAUCGCGUUGGAUAGCUCUGCACGAUCGAAUGGCAUCCUCCCACCAUUCACAUUUGAAAUCAGCAUCGGCCUCCCCCUUUGGUUCACCAGCCUUCGCUGUCGAGAGCCUACCAUCCGACGUGCGGCACUGGAUCUCCUUGCUCGGUCGCAUCGAAUUCAGGGACUUUACAAGCGCGACCACGGUACCAUUAUGGGCGAAAGGAUCAUUUUUUUAGAGGAAGCAAUCGCCAAGUCGAAAAAGGACGCAUCUUCUCCCAAGACCGGGUACAUCACACCAAGUAACGAAUCGAUCCAUUAUGGAGAUAUGAGCCCGGCCAGGCCCUUCAAUAUUCCACCUCUUAAAGACAUUGCGGGUCCGUCUCCUCCUCUUUCUGACAUAGAAAACAAUAUUCGAACAUCGGCAUCGGCAUCGGCAUCGGCAGCUCUAAUUCCACAAGAGGCGCGAAUUAGACCCCAUGGUAUCUUUCGGCCGCAAGACGGCUUCCCUCCUGAAAUAAAGAAAGAGGAUAUUGCACACUGGGGACGGCGUAGUGAUCAGUACUUUCUACAAGUCUCAUGGAAUCAGUGUGACUCGUCUAGCGACACGUGGGAGAUGAUCUUUGGGUGCAUCCCAAUUGAUAUUGAACAUAGCGAGAUCAUUAAAUUUUGA